UUACUGUUUAGCAACUAAAUAAAUCACAUUCUCGUAUAAAUCAUAAUCACAUUUACCCACUAAACCACAGAAAAAGAAAAGAAAAAAAAGAAAGAGAAUGCAUACCAAAUAGGUUCAUUCAUUCCGUGAACCCCACCAACCAGAUUGUGCAACCAACACCAUCUAUCGGCACAGAUCCCCCAGGCGCACUUGCCCAUAUCCUGCGCCGCCCAACCCAGAAAAAAAAACCCACACUUGAUAAAUUUAUCGUUUUGUUUAGAAGCAGAAGAAAGGAUUUCAUUUUUCUUCUUGCUAGCUAGCCUAGUUUUGGUUUUUGUUCUUCUGUUUUUGUCGGUAUGGAGACCAACAAGCCACAGAAGAAAAAGAAGUGGUUUUUACCAUUGGUGCUUUCUUUGUUGUUAUCUACUCUGCUCAUAUUUAUCACUGUUUUCACUUCUUCUAGCUCAUCUUCUUCAAGAUUGUACAAGACCCGUGUGAAGAAUGAGCUCCCGCAUUUUGUGGAGUCCAAGUUAAAGGUUUCAGCUACCUCCAAAGACCCAGUACCAAGACUGGCUUACUUGAUCUCUGGCUCAAUGGGCGACGGCGAGAGCUUGAAGAGGACCUUGAAGGCUCUGUACCAUCCCAGGAAUCAAUAUGCAGUGCAUUUGGACCUCGAGGCUUCGGCUGAGGAGAGGAUGGACUUGGCCAAGUUUGUCAAGAAUGAGCCGCUGUUUACCAAAUUGGGUAAUGUUAGAGCGGUUGUGAGGGCCAAUUUGGUAACUUACAGAGGCCCUACUAUGGUUACCAAUACACUUCACGCUGCGGCGAUUUUGUUCAAGGAAGGUGGAGAUUGGGAUUGGUUUAUCAAUUUGAGUGCUUCCGAUUAUCCUUUAGUGACCCAAGAUGAUCUGCUUCAUGUCUUGUCAUCCAUUCCAAGAAAUCUUAAUUUUAUUGAGCAUACCAGUGACAUUGGCUGGAAGGAGAAUCAGAGGGCAAAACCCGUUAUAAUAGAUCCAGGGCUGUAUAGCCUGCAAAAAUCAGAUGUAUUCUGGGUUUCAGAGAAAAGGAGCGUGCCAACUGCAUAUAAGUUGUUUACAGGUUCUGCUUGGAUGAUGCUCUCCCGCCCUUUUAUAGAGUAUAUUUUAUGGGGUUGGGACAACCUCCCAAGGAUAGUGCUUAUGUAUUAUGCCAACUUUCUUUCUUCACCAGAAGGGUAUUUCCACACUGUCAUCUGCAAUGCUGAGGAGUUUCGGAACACUACUGUGAACCAUGAUCUCCACUUCAUAUCAUGGGACAACCCACCAAAACAACAUCCACAUUUCCUCAUCAUUGAUGACUUCCAGCGGAUGGUAGACAGCAAUGCUCCCUUCGCCAGGAAGUUUGGCAGGAAUGUGUCAGCUCUUGACAAGAUCGACUCUGAGCUUUUAGGCUGCAAUGCCAAUGGAUUUGUACCAGGCGGAUGGUUCAGUACUCAAGGAAAUGCAAAUGUAACUGUUCCAGAUUACAAUUUAAAAAACAUCACCACUCUUAGGCCGGGUCCAGGUGCUGAAAGGCUAAAACGUCUCAUCACUGGUUUGAUAUCUGCAGAGGAUUUUCAUGCAAAGCAAUGCACCUGACUCCUGAGAGUCCAGAUAAACUACUUUGCUAAUUUUAGAAGUUAUACCAAGUAAGCAAUGCCGAUUAUUGAUCUUAGUUUAUAUAAAUAAUGGCCAAUAGGCCAUAUAGUAGGCUAUAGGAACUUAGUGGGGAAGAGAAGUUACUAGCUACCAUCAUAUAUAUAUGCAUUACCAUAUCUGGUAAAAUUCAACACCAUAUUCUUCAAAAUCUGAAGGUGUAUUUUAAUGUAUUAUUUUAUUUACAUAAUGAUAAGUGAUGUUGAAUCA